AUAUACGAGGAGAGAAUGAGUGAGAUUAAACACUUUAGUCAUGAAGAACAUUCAUUGAAGCUGAUCGAAAAUUGGGAGACAAUUGUAGGUGUUACUGAUGAAAUGACACAACUCAUUUGUUGUUAUGGAUGUCGAGAACCCAUAUUAGGUGGCUGUGUAUAUGGUUGCACUUUGUGUUCUCAGUUUUUGCAUGAGAUAUGUGCAAACCUAGCACCGGUUAUCAAUCACCAUUUGCAUCCCUUCCAUCCUCUUAUGCUCGUUGCUCGCGAUAGUAACAAUUGGAUCUGUGACGUGUGCGAUAGUCGAGGACUGGUGAAGGGUUUUAGCUAUUGGUGUAUGAGUUGUGAYUUUGAUGCAUGCACGAAAUGUGGUCUUGCUGUUGCACUCAAAGAGGAAGCAUUGAUCGAGUUUAAACAUGAAGGUCACCCACAACACACUUUAACCCUUCAAUCAAGAUCUGCUUCAUUCCGUUGUGAUGCUUGUCAAGCUAAGGAUGAAGACUUAUUCUAUCAAUGUGAGAGUUGUGAUUUUUGGCUCCACAAGACUUGUGCUUCCUUAGCCCCCACCAUUGAUCUACCCCACCAUCCUAAUCAUCCUCUCGUUCUCGUCUAUUCACUCCCGGAUAAUUUUUAUAAUUAUUUUUAUUACUGCGAGUUCUGCAACAAACUCAUCCGAAAAAACGGUUGGUUGUAUCAUUGUGCAAACUGUAGAUACUUUGCCCACAUUAAAUGUGCCUUAAACGCAGAGCAACCUUCCAUUCCAAGCAAUGCUCCAGAUACUUAUACUGCUAAAGGACGCACAAAUGAUUUUAUGCAAUUUCCCAUGUCACAUGCAUUCACAGAUCCACUAAAGCUUCUUCAUUCGGAGAAGGUAUCUUUAGAUGAUGAUGGUGCAAUAGAAAUUAGCCAUUGGAGUCAUGGUCAUCCAUUGAAUCUUAGAGUUGAACCUCGAGGUAACAACAUGCCCGACAUUAAUUGUGAUGAUCCAAUAGAGGUAUGUAAUGGAUGUGUACGACCCCUCUCCCUUCCAUAUUAUACUUGCAAAGAUGGAUGUUCAUUUACCCUUCACAAAUAUUGUGCCGAAUUACCGCUCACAUUAGAACAUCAUCUUCACCCAGAUCAUCCACUUGAUUUGGUAGACACCAAUGAAGAUAAGCACCUUCAUAGAUGCAAUGGUUGUUUUAGCGAAGGCAACAAGUUUGUCUACAAAUGUGAAACUUGCAAGUUCUACUUGGAUGUGAAUUGUGGAUUUUUACCCAACACCAUCAUACAUAAAUCUCACAAACAUCCUCUUACCCAAGUCAUGGAUCCCAACCAASSUUGUAAGGUAAUCCUCGGAAUUAGCCUUCGCCGGAAUACCGUAAAUCGAGAAAUAGACAUCGGAAUUAUUGAUCUGAGAAAGGAAAUACGCAGGAGAGCUGUUUUGGCGAAGAAACCCACUUCCGGCCAUACUCGGAUCAACGAAAGUGGUGGUGGUGAUGGCGGAACUGACGGUUGCAAUGGAACGAUGUGGAAGCAAGGGCGGUUUAGGGGGGUCUAUGAUGACAUCUAG